AUGUGUUUCGGGAAAAGGAAUGAGAUAUCCGAUGACCCUCCCCCACGACCUGCUCAAAACUACCAGAACCAGAGCAACCCCAGCAGCACAAACGACACCAAGAUGACCAACUUUGCCAGCAACAACCCCUACCACAGCCGGCCUGGCAACGCGGCGUCAGGACAGCAGGAAUACGCGCCUCCUCCUGGCCCGCCGCCCUCCCAGCAGCAUCACCAGCAGUCACAAGGCGACUUUGCCCCCCCUGCCGGACCGCCGCCAUCCCACAAGCCGCAGCCGCCGCAGGACGAGUACGCUCCGCCGGCUGGCCCGCCGCCCUCCAAGGGUCGCGACAAUACCAGCUGGAUAGCGCCUCCGCAGGACGGCCCGUCCUCGGCGGCGGGUUCUUCUCAGCAGCAUAACUGGGAGGCGGCCGUGCCGGACACGUCGCAGCUGCCGCCCCCUCCGGCCCUGUUCAACGGCUACGACCGGUCGCCGGCGAACAACGCGACCGAGGACGAGUCGAACGCCGGCGAGGCGUGGUGCGCACAGAACCCACUCCGGGGACCGAUUCAGCUCGACGCGGCCGGCGAGGCCGCACUGCGCGCCAACAACUUCUGCCUCGUCGAGCCCCCCGGGUUUCGAGGCCAGACGACGUGGAAAGGCGCGGGCUCGUGGGCCGUCACCUCGCCGCGUGGCUGCUCCGACUCCACGCUCAUCAGCUGGCCGCCGCAGUACGUCGUGUCGGAGCACGACCCGACGAGGACGGGGCGUCGCCGGACGAUCUACUACGAGGUCAAGGCCGACCGCUGCAGCGACAGGGCCAACCUGGCGCUGGGCUACACGGCGAUGCCGUACCCGGGCUUCCGCCUGCCCGGGUGGCACCGCGGCUCGCUGGCGGUGCACGGCGACGACGGCCACCGGUACGUCAACGACACCCACGGCGGCAAGGACUUCACGAAGGAGUUUGUCCGGGGCGAGACGCACGGCGUGGGGAUGGUCAUCGCGCAGUCGGAGAAGGAUGCGUGCAGGGCGAGCGUGGAGGUCUUCUUCACGCGCAACGGGAAGAGGGUCGGCGGCUGGAAUAUACACGAGGAGACGGACAGUAACGAGGACAAGCCGGUCACGGGCUUGGAGGGCUUUCACGACUUGUACGCAGCGGUCGGCAUGUUUGAGGACACGGAAUUCGAAGUCGUGUUUGAUCCGGCCAAGUGGCUGUACAAGGGCGUCAAGAAUGAGUAG